AUGUGUACAAUAAAAUUAGCUCGAUAUGUUACCUUUAUAUCUAUUUGUAUUUGGACAGCUCAUAGCAUUCUUUCUGGUUGGUUUUUCGAUAUUCAAGAAUCUCUUGGAUGUGUUAUAUCAAAUCCAAUAUGGCAACAGUAUAUAUCAUCGUUUUUUUAUCCAGUUUUAGCUGGUCUUUUACCUAUUACAAUUGUAUUAUUAUUUAGUUUAUUAGCUUUUCAUAAUGUUCGUCGUAUAGUUCGUCGACAAAUACCAAUUGUUCGUCGUCGAUUAGAUCAACAAUUAACAGCAAUGGUUCUUAUGCGUGCUGUCAUUGCUGCUUGUUUCAUAUUACCAUACACUAUAUAUCGUAUUUAUAUUAUUAAAUUUCCCGUUUCACAAAACCAGUCUAUGGAAUAUGCAAUUGUACGAUUAAUUCAAGCAGUCUUUCUCUCUUUAAUUAAUAUACAUUUUUCGGCAAGUUUCUAUAUUUUUCUCAUAUUAUCAUCACGUUUUCGUCGUCAAGUGAAAUUUCUUUUGGUUAAAAAAUAUUGGCAACGAUUGAAAUACUUGUGUCAUUUAAGUAAUAAUCAAAUUAAUCCAGAAAAUGCAGAAGCAUUCGGUGCAGAUAUGGAACUUGCAUAA